AUGUUUCCAUUUCUGUGGGCACUAUUUGGCAGUUGGCCUCUUGCAUCAGCAUACGCCGAGCUAGUCAUUGACACAAAGACAUCUCCUGGACAAAACGGCAGUUUUCCUUCUGUCCCUCUGGAUAUUUCCCCUUUGCGAGACAACAAAGCGUUUGCUCAGGAGCCUAGCGAUCCAAAUUUCCAUGGCUACAUACAAAACGGCGGUAUUCCAUCGGUCCCUCUGGACAUUGCGCCCUUACGAAACAACAGAGCGUUUGCUCAGGAACCUCGCGAUGCAGAUUUCGAUGGUUAUGGCCGAGCAUAUCCAGCACAGUAUCUCCCAGCCGAGAAGUUGGUGUACGGUGGCGUGGACUUCAUUUUCCCACAGUAUCAGCCCGGUGGCGGAUUUGACAAUGUGCUCGCUCGCGGCCAGAUUCUCGAUAUUUCUCCCGGCCGCUACCUCGCCGUUCAUAUGCUCGUCGCUACAGAUUCUGCCCUCGUACUGACGAAUCUCACGGGACACUAUGUUGAUGGCUCGAAUGCAACUUCUGGAUUGACAGCAUUUCCCUGGUGGUCCUGGCCGUCAGCUUUCUCGCCGUGGCACUACGCCGGUGACCUGGUAUUCCCCUUUCAUUUCACGAACCAUACCAGAGACUUUAACAAAUCAAGCAUAUAUCGCACAGUGAACUGGCUCGAUAGUGCAAAGGACCUACAUCAGGUGCAAUUGCCAAAUAGCACCAGGCUUCAUAUCUUUGCUGUGUCAAUGGUCCCUGCAUCCAUUACAUCUGGAACGGCUUUACUGCAGGUGCAGCUGGUUAGAAGUACGAAUACUUGGUUCGAAGGGACCGACCUUCAGAUCUUCGAAGCCAUAAUUCUCAAUGUGGGCACGGAAUGGGUACUCGCCGAACACGGAGUGGAGGUGAUCGUUCAAGGAACCAGCGAUGCGAUCAAGACGUUACGCCCAGCUCAAAUCAAGCGCCUUCGUCCUGGCGACGAGACUCGCGUACAGAUUGCCGUGUACAGUACACCAGCAGUGGCAGCAACACCACAACCGCAAACUGCGACACUUGUCGUCUUUGGCAAAGGCAUUCCUCCGAUCAACUAUAAUUUCAAUGCAACCUUCGGUAUCCAUGACUACAGCCCGACAGAAGUGAGCAUCUACUCUCAUGAGACACCCAACUGGUUCAACAACGGGAAAUAUGGCAUCUUCAUCCACUGGGGGCCAUAUUCUGUUCCCGGUUGGGGCAAUUCCGGGAACAUCGAGUCCUUCGCAGAGUGGUAUUGGUGGUGGAUGAACUCUGGUCCCAACAGUACUCGCGAGCGAACGUACGAGUACCACUUGGAGACUUAUGGCCCCAACGUAGUCUUCGAUGACUUCAUACAGAACCUGACUGCUUCUGCAUACAAUCCCAAGGAUUGGGUCGAUUUGUUCGCGGACGCGGGUGCAAACUAUUUCGUACUGUCUGCAAAGCAACACGAUGGGUAUGCCCUCUUUGAUCUCCCAAGCAAUAUCAGUAUGAGGACCAGCGUUGCGCAGGUUCCUCACCGCGAUCUUGUCCAAGAGUUGUACGAUGCUGCAAGUACUUAUCAUCCGCACCUAUACAAAGGUGCAUACUACAGCCCUCCAGAAUGGUUCCACCCUGACUACCACGGAUUUGGAGACUGGCCUGGUGGUAAUGCGACCAAUCCAUACACCAACGAGACACUGCCUUAUCUCGGAUAUGUGCCUCUGUCAGAUUACUUGAGAGAGAAGGUACUGCCUGAGAUGCAAAUAUUGGCCGCAAUGGGAACGGAUCUCAUGUGGUGCGACAUUGGUGGACCGAACGUGACGACUGAGUUCGCGGCUGGCUACUUCAACAACGCCAGAAGGCAAGACAGACAAGUCGCCAUCAACAACCGCUGCGGGAUCCAAGGCGAUUUCGAUACUGCAACGUAUACCACUUUACAAGCCAACCGGAAAUGGGAGAGAACCGGUAGCCUGGACCCAUUCAGCUAUGGUUACAACAGAGCGACGCCCGAUGAUGCAUACAUGAAGCCACAGGUCAUCGUGACGAGACUGAUUGAGGCUAUAUCGAUGAAUGGCAAUUUCCUUCUCAACGUGGGACCAACUGCAGAAGGAAUCAUCCCCGACAUUCAGCAACACAACCUACGGGUAGCAGGCUCCUGGAUCCGAUCUCACUCCGAAGCCAUCUUCAACACGACCUUCUGGUCUGUCAGUCCCGUCGAUAAAGGCAAUCCCGCCGUCCGCUUCACCCAGACUUCCGACGCAUUCUAUAUCCUCGCCACUCAGCCGCCAAACUCUACUCUCACGCUGCAUUCGCCUGUGCCGUAUGUGACUGGUGAUGAGAUUACUGUCGUCGGCGGAAAGUUGCACGGAACGGUCAUUCCUAGUGAAUUGUCGCAGGACGGAAUGUUGACUCUACAGAUCUCGGAGAAGGUCAGAGAGGGAGAUGAAUUUGCGUGGGCAUUCAAGAUUUCCUAUUGA